UAAAUAUGGGACACAGGAAGGAUUAGUUGAUCUUUACUACUGGUACAGUGGUACUCCGUAUUUUUUAAAAAAAGAGUGAAGCUGUCUUUUUCCGUCUUUCUUCAUGUUUUCCACGCUAUCGCUAAUGUGCUAUUAAUUCUUAGUAUCUUGGUCACAACUCACCAGUACAAGCAGGUGGUUCACGAGUUGAGGGCAUGAUAGGCGUUAAUUUACUGACAAUGGUGUUUGUGAUGGCGGCGGCCACCGUUUCACUCGCGGUGGCGAAAGCUGGAGCCCAACCAAUCCCGAAAGGUGUAAUGACACUGGAAAGGGCUUUUCCGACGAACGAGAACAUGGAGGUGAAGGCGCUUAGAGCUCGGGAUCGGCUAAGACAUGCUCGAAUGUUGCAGAGACUUUCCGGGGGCAUCGUCGAUUUCUCAAUUGCAGGGUUGGCGGAUCCAAACAUGCUCGGUCUUUAUUAUGUCAAAGUAAAAUUGGGCUCUUCUCCUAGAGAAUUCAAUGUACAGUUUGAUACGGGAAGUGACAUCCUAUGGGUUGCAUGCUCUUCCUGCGUAGGUUGUCCUAGGAGUAGCGGCCUCAGGCAUGCAACAGGUUGAUCUCAACUUCUAUGAUGCUUCCAGCUCAUCCACUGCUUCUCUUAUCACUUGUUCGGACAAAACCUGUUCUUCUCUUAGUCAAGCAGCCUAUGCCAAAUGCUUUACUGAGAGUGAUCAGUGUGGUUACUCAUUCCAAUACGGAGAUGGAAGUGGCACAAUCGGCCAUUAUGUAUCUGAUAUGCUAUACUUCGACACUGUCUUGGCUAACUCAUUGGUAGCCAACUCUUCAGCCCCAGUAGUUUUUGGGUGCAGCACCUUGCAAUCUGGAGAUCUGACUAAUGGAUAUAGAGCAGUUGAUGGGAUUUUCGGGUUUGGUCGACAUGAUCUUUCAGUUAUAUCACAACUGUCAUCGCUUGGGAUUACUCCAAAAGUUUUUUCCCACUGUUUGAAAGGAGAUGAGACGGGUGGAGGGAUUUUGGUUCUUGGUGAAAUUUUGGAUCCAAGAAUUGUGUAUACCCCACUUGUUCCAUCACAGUACGUAUACCCUUUUCUCUUUCCCAGAACUUAUGAUGUGCCAUAGAUUUUAAAACCACGCACCCUCAAUUAUUAUUGGCCACAUUAUAAUUUGUACAUGCAGAGCAUUGCUGUUAAUGGGAUAUUAUUGCCUAUUGAUCCAGGAGUGUUUGUUACAUCUGAAAGUCGUGGAACCAUUAUAGAUUCCGGCACAACAUUGGCAUAUCUUCCCCCUGAAGCUUAUGAACCCUUUAUCAGUGCUAUAACAAGUAUGGUUUCACAGUCUGCAGCUCCCUUUGUAUCUAAAUCGAUGCAGUGUUAUGUGGUUAAUACAAGCAGCAGCAGCAUAACUUAUAUAUUCCCCACUGUGGUUUUGAACUUUGCUGGUGGCGCAUCGUUGGCUUUAAGACCUUUAGAUUACCUCUUCCGUAUGAGUUAUCUUGAAAGUAAUGAAGUUUGGUGCAAUGGCUUUCAGAAACACGAGCUGGGUAUUACAAUUUUAGGAGAUCUUGUUUUGAAGGAUAGAAUCAUUGUUUAUGAUUUAGCUCAUCAGAGGAUUGGAUGGGUUGAUUAUGAUUGUUCAACCUCGGUAUAUGUGUCUGUGACUUCUGGCAAGGAUGAAUUUACCAAUGCUGGACAGUUGAGUGUCAACUGUUCACCAUGUAAUGCAUUCCAUUAUAUGCCUGUUUGGAUUCUGAUGACUGGGUUUUUAUUUUUGUAACAUGGUUUGUUGUCAUCCCAUCCCUCCCCCCACUAGAUAGUUAAUAGGAAUAGCAUUAGGUUUCUUGUGGUGCAUUUGGUUUAAUCAUGAGGCAUAAUUGAAGAGGCUUUAAUUGCCUUGUUGAGCAAUAACCACUUAAACAGAUUAGUAUUCAAGCUCAUGGUUGUGCUACUUCGCAAGUAGUUUUUUUUGGGAAAAUGGUCAAAUAAGCCCUUAUAUAGGAGGCUAUGUCCGGCUGUCGCCAUUUGGGGUAGUUCCCGGUGGAUUUUUUUGAUGAAAUUUUUUGAGAAUCUUAUUCGUUAAGUCUAGUUUACUCAUACUAAAUUUCAGCUAACAAUUCAAUCUGGAAGGCAUUCAAAUGAAUUCUUGAAGAUAAUUGUGCUUUUAACUGCGUAGUUAUCUUCAAGAAUUCAUCUGAAAGCCUUCCCGAUUGAAGUUUUAGCUGAAAUUUGGUAUGAGUAAACUAGACUUAAUAAAUAAGAUGCUCAAAAAUUUUCAUCAAAAAAUUCCACCGGAAACCGCUCCAAAUGGCGACGGCUGAACAGAGCCUUCUAUAUAAGGGCUUAUUUGACCUUUUUACGUAAGUUUGAGGGUCUAUCUGACCCUCUUCCCCCUUUUUUUAGUUGUAAAAUUUUAAUACGUUUGGACUUGGUUAAUAAGAUAGGUAAGUCUUUCUGGUAGUGACAAAUUUGGUUAAAAUGAAUGAAUAUUGUUGAAUUCUCUAAAUGUAUAUCUUGGAAUACUUUUUGAUAUAUUAGAAGGAACAAUAUGUAAAAGUGUAAAACAUGAUGUUGUAAUAGCAUGUGCAUUUAUAUUUGUUAUAGCUUGAAAAUAAAUCUGCCCUAUUUUAUCAGUUGGUUAAGCUAAUAAUGCUAUCAAAGAAGUUGGCGUUUGGUAGAAAAUUUGGCAGAUAAGAGUUGUAAGUUAAAAAAUGUUUACCAACUGGAUUUGUUGUGUGAGACAUGUGGUUCAAAGAUGCAUCCCCUUCUUCUCCAUAAGGCAGACUUAGCUCAGACACAAAGGGAGGAGUGCAACAUCUACCAAGUAUUUUGCGC